AUGUUAGUAGCUCCAUUUCAGCUUCUCCAUGGAAUCUUUGGUAGCGAUCAGAAGGUAGGCUCUGAAUUUGGUGCCUGUGACCCUCAUGACCGCUACAGGACGAUGGAUGGGUCCUGCAACAACCUGCAGGACCCUCUGAAGGGUGCUGCCUUCAGAAGAUUCAACAGGAUUCUGUGGCCAGAGUAUCAUAAAGGAGUCUCGCAUUUACGAAGAGAUACAAAUGGCAAGCCGCUGCCCAGUGCCAGGUUGGUUAGCACUACAAUCAACACGAUGAAAGUCAGCCCAGAAAACGGUCAUCUAUCUGCUUUCCACAUGACGUAUGGGCAGUUCCUAGACCAUGACAUCACACGAACACCUGUGAUGAGGGUUCUACAGAUGGAAAAUGGAACCACCACAAAUAAUGGGCUCCCAAUCAAGUGUUGUGACGAGAGGUUGAAUGGAAUGGCUGAAAAUCUAGAAGAUUUGGGGUGCGCUCCCAUAGAUAUUCCUAAGAAAGAUCCCUUCUACUCAAGCUUCAAACAAACGUGUAUGGAGUUUGUGAGGUCCACGCCAGCCCCCCGGUGUACCCUGGGCCCGAGAGAACAAAUGAACGAGCAAUCUGCCUAUCUGGAUGCGUCCCAAAUCUACGGAGUGAAGCCAACCACCCCAGGCAAUGAUCCUCUGAGAGCCAAUGUUGACGGCCUUCUGCUCAAUCACUGUUUCAUGAACACCUUCGUCGAUGAGUUGUACACACGACGGCUAGGCACCAUAAACCACUCCGAGAUAACGCAGCAGGAACCAUCGAACAUCUGUGACCCCUGUAGUUGGAAGAAGUCAGAGCUCUCCCAUCUUCGGCUAGUUCCGCCUCUAAUUUCACGACCUUCACUAACUCGUUAUUGCUAUUCCGGCUAUGGCCACUAUAGCUAUAUGCCCCCGUCCGCCAACAGCUGCACCGCCCUUUUCUGUCUCUUAGACGGGUCCCGCCCCCCGGCUGGCUUUAUUUCUGGGACCCAAAUAACUCAAGAAGGGUUUGAACUGCUUUCACUUUCAAAGAACUUGGAUGAUGGGUGUAACGUCCCAAAGAAUGCAGCCAAGGGCAAGUUCUGCUUCAAAGCAGGAGAUGGACGUGUCAAUGAGGUCCUGUCCUUGACCUCUUUCCAUGUAUUGUGGGCUCGUGAGCACAACAGAGUGGCAAAGAUCCUCAAGGACCUUCGUCCAAGAGCUAAAGAUGAAGAACUUUACCAGGAAACCAGGAGGAUCAUUACAGCAGAGCUCCAACACAUCACCUACAAUGAGUUCCUCCCAAGUGUGAUACCCUUUCCGAUCUUAGCAGCUCAAGGAAUGCUUCCCAAGACAGGACAAACCCAAACAAAAUCAUACAAUCCUACAGUAGAUGCUACAAUCACCAAUUCCUUCUCAACUGCUGCCUACCGCUUUGGGCACAGUGAAAUAAGGGAUUCCAUCAGGCACAUAAAGGAGAAUGGAAACAUUGAGGAUGAUGAACUUUCCAGUAAAUUCUUCAACCCUUUCGACCUCUAUGAUCAAAAUACCAUGGGGGACAUAGCUAGAGGAGAAACAAGCAGCAAUUCUAAGAUGGUGGACCAGUUCUUCACAAAGGAGGUAACAGGAAAGCUAUUCCGAGGCCCCUUUGGCUUUGGGCUAGACCUGCUAGCUCUGAACAUCCAGCGAGGCAGAGACCAUGGGCUUCCAGGCUACACAAAAUGGCUGGCCAAAUGUGGAUAUCGAAAUUUCAACAAAUUUGAAGACCUUUCUCGCGUUAUGUCCAACAACACCAUCGCAGCCCUGAAGAGUGUUUACAAAUCUGUACAUGACAUAGACUUGUACCCAGGAGGGAUCUCUGAAACACACUUGGAAGGAGGGAUCCUCGGCCCAACUUUCACCUGUCUACUGACUGAUCAGUUCAAGAGGAUGAAAUUUGGUGAUCGCUUUUGGUAUGAAGAGAGAGGCCAAGCUGGGUCAUUCACGAAGGACCAAAUUCAAGAACUGCACCAGGUCUCCCUUGCGAGGGUCAUGUGCAACAACAUUCCGGAACUGAAGAGGAUCCAGCGCUUUCCGCUUCUGGAACCAGGACCCAAAAACCCAGUUCUGCCCUGCGAGUGUCACAGCAGCCUCAUUCCAAACUAUGACCUUACCCCUUGGAGGAAUACAUAAGA